GUGAUAAACACACUGCAGUAUUUCCUGUUGUUGAUACUUUUUACUUUCACUUCCUCCAGUGGUGACGCAGUUUUGUUCUCCGUGUUGAAGGCAGAGACCUGUAAAAUAUUAUAAGCCUCUGGUUGAAGAGUGCAGCUCUCCCAGCAGGGGGCGCUCUGCUAUGGAUCAGUGUGAGGACACAGAGGAGGGAGUCCCUCCCUCUAAAACCUCUCUGUGUGAGGAACAUGAAGCUCUGAGGAUGCAGGAACAGAGACCAGACUCUCCUGGACCCAGCUGUGUGUCCAUGAAGAGUGACCGGUCUAUGGGUCACCCUGAGAACUUUAAAGCUGGACAUCCUGCUGAUGGAAGGAUGCAGGAACAGAGACCAGACUCUCCUGGACCCAGUUGUGUGUCCAUGAAGAGUGACUGGACUAUGGGUCGUGUUUUUGACUUUAAAGAUGGACGUCCUGCUGAUGGAAGGAUGCAAGAACAGAGACCAGACUCUCCUGGACCCAGCUGUGUGUCCAUGAAGAGUGACCAGUCUAAAGAUGUUAUUAGAAACUUUAAAGAUGGACGACCUGCUGAUGGAAGAAUACAGGAACAGAGACCAGACUCUCCUGGACCCAGCUGUGUGUCCAUGAAGAGUGACCGGUCUAUGGGUUGUUUUUUUGAGUUUAAAGAUGGACGUCCUGCUGAUGGAAGAGUUCAACAGGAGAGCUCCAACGUUCACAAAGAUCAAUCAGACCAGCAGAAUCCAACAGACCUGGACUCCAUCUUUAUGCUGCUGGAGGAGAACAUCAUCACCUUUGUGAAGAACGAGCUGAAGAGAGUGCAGAGGGUUCUGAGUCCAGAUUACCCAGAAUGCUUAGAGAGUCAGAGUGAGGAUGAAGAGCAGGGGAGAAGCUAUAAAGAGGCAUUUUUGAAGAUCACUCUCCACUUCCUGAGGAGAAUGAAGCAGGAGGAGCUGGCUGACUAUCUGCAGAGCAGAACAGUCGCUGCAGAGUGCUGGCGUAAACUCAAAUCUGACCUGAAGGAGAAGUUACAGUGUCUGUUUGAGGGGAUUGCUAAAGCAGGAAACCCAACCCUUCUGAACCAGAUCUACACAGAGCUCUACAUCACAGAGGGAGGGACUGGAGAGGUCAAUGAUGAACACGAGGUCAGACAGAUUGAAACAGCAUCCAGGAAACCAGACAGACCAGAAACAACCAUCAGACAAGAAGACAUCUUUAAAGCACCUGGAGGAGAUGAACCAAUCAGAACAGUGAUGACAAAGGGAGUGGCUGGCAUCGGAAAAACAGUCUUAACACAGAAGUUCACUCUGGACUGGGCUGAAGACAAAGCCAACCAGGACAUACACUUCACAUUUCCAUUCACUUUCAGAGAGCUGAAUGUGCUGAAAGAGAAAAAGUUCAGCUUGGUUAAACUUGUUCAUCACUUCUUUCCUGAAACCAAAGAAGCAGGAAUCUGCAGGUUUGAAGAGUUCCAGGUUGUGUUCAUCUUUGACGGUCUGGAUGAGUGUCGACUUCCUCUGGACUUUAAAAACAACCAGACCCUGACUGAUGUCACAGAGUCCACCUUAGUGGAUGUGCUGCUGACUAACCUCAUCAGGGGGGAACUGCUUCCCUCUGCUUGCCUCUGGAUAACCACACGACCUGCAGCAGCCAAUCAGAUCCCUCCUGAGUGUGUUGACAUGGUGACAGAGGUCAGAGGGUUCUCUGACCCACACAAGAAGAAGUACUUCAGGAAGAGAUUCAGAAAUGUAGAGCAAGCCAACAGAAUCAUCUCCCACAUCAAGACAUCCAGAAGCCUCCACAUCAUGUGCCACAUCCCAGUCUUCUGCUGGAUCACUGCUACAGUUCUGGAGGAUGUGCUGAAGACCAGAGAGGGAGGAGAGCUGCCCAAGACCCUGACUGAGAUGUACAUCCACUUCCUGGUGGUUCAGUCCAAACUGAAGAACAUCAAGUAUGAUGGAGGAGCUGAGACAGAUCCACACUGGAGUCCAGAGAGCAGGAAGAUGAUUGAGUCUCUGGGAAAACUGGCUUUUGAGCAGCUGCAGAAAGGAAACCUGAUAUUCUAUGACUCAGACCUGACAGAGUGUGGCAUCGAUAUCAGAGCAGCCUCAGUGUACUCAGGAGUGUUCACACAGAUCUUUAAAGAGGAGAGAGGACUGUACCAGGACAAGGUGUUCUGCUUCAUCCAUCUGAGUGUUCAGGAGUUUCUGGCUGCUCUUCAUGUCCAUCUGACCUUCAUCAACUCUGAAGUCAAUCUGAUGUCAGAAGAACAAACACCCUGGUGGUCUAAGGUAUUCAGAGAAAAACCUGACCCAACACUUUUAUAUCAGAGUGCUGUUGACCAGGCCUUACAGAGUCCUAAUGGACACCUGGACUUGUUCCUCCGCUUCCUCCUUGGUCUUUCUCUAGAGACCAAUCAGAAUCUCAUACAAGGUCUGCUGACACAUACAGGAAGUGGCUCACAGACUAAUCAGAAAACAGUCGAGUACAUAAAGGAGAAGAUCAGUAAGGAUCUGUCAGCAGAGAAAAGUAUCAAUCUGUUCCACUGUCUGAAUGAACUGAAUGAUCAUUCUCUAGUGGAGGAGAUCCAACAGUCCCUGAGAUCAGGACAUCUCUCCACAGAUAAACUGUCUACUGCUCAAUGGUCAGCUCUGGUCUUCAUCUUACUGUCAUCAGAAAAAGAUCUAGACGUGUUUGAACUGAAGAAAUACUCUGCUUCAGAGGAGGCUCUUCUGAGGCUGCUGCCUGUGAUCAAAGCUUCAAACAAAGCUCUGCUGAGUUUCUGUAACCUCUCAGAGAGAAGCUGUGAAGCUCUGUCCUCAGUCCUCAGCUCCCAGUCCUCUAGUCUGAGAGAGCUGGACCUGAGCAACAACAACCUGCAGGAUUCAGGAGUGAAGCUGCUGUCUACUGGACUAAAGAGUCCACUCUGUAGACUGGACACUCUCAGUCUGUCAGGUUGUCUGAUCACAGAAGAAGGUUGUGCGUCUCUGGCCUCAGCUCUAAGCUCCUCCCCUCUGAGAGAUUUGGACCUGAGCUACAAUUAUCCAGGAGAACGAGGAGAGAAGCUGCUGUCUGCUGGACUGGAGGAUCCACACUGCAGACUGGAGACACUGAGGUUGGACCAUAGUGGACUGCACAGACUGGAUCCUGGUCUGACUAAGUAUGCCUGUGAGCUGGAACUGGACACAAACACAGUGAACAGAAAACUGAAACUGUCUGACAGCAACAGGAAGGUGACACGUGUGGAGGAGCUUCAGUCAUAUCCUGAUCAUCCAGACAGAUUUGAUUACUAUCCUCAGCUGCUGUGUAGGACUGGUCUGACUGGUCGCUGUUACUUGGAGGUCGAGUGGAGAGUAAAGGUUUAUGUAUCAGUGAGUUACAGAGGAAUCAGAAGGAGAGGAGACAGUGAUGAAUGUGUGUUUGGAUAUAAUGAUCAGUCCUGGAGUCUGUUCUGCUAUGAUGGAGGUUACUAUGUCAGGCACAAUAAAAGAAGAACAUACAUCUCCUCCUCCUCCCCCUCCUCCCCCUCCUCCUCCUCCUCCUCCUCCUCCUCCUCCCCUGUCUCUAACAGAGUAGCAGUGUAUGUGGACUGUCCUGCUGGCUCUCUGUCCUUCUACAGAGUCUCCUCUGACACACUGAUCCACCUCCACACCUUCAACACCACAUUCACUGAACCUCUCUAUCCUGGGUUUGGGUUCUCUCCUGGUUCUUCAGUGUCUCUGUGUGGUGUGUCGGUCUGAGAAACACUGCUGACUGAAGAUCAGCUGACUCUGUUCACUCUGUCCAGCUGAUCUGUUUCAUGGUUGGUGGGCGUAAUAAUGGGGGGGUGGGCGUGGUAAUGGGGGUUAAAUGUUUUACAUUACAGAAAAACUGGACCCCCUUCUGUAAUGUCUGUAUUGUGCUGAUCUCAGCAAUAAAAAAUAAGUGACAAUUAAACAAUUAAA